AUGGCGCUGCUGUUCCCGCGGCGCGCGCUGCUCGUAGCGGUCGUGCUGUCCUCUCAUCUCCUCGUUACACUGGUAACUUGUUCCGCCGCCGCGACUUCACCCGCGGCGCCGGCCUCCCCUAGCGGUGCGGCUGCGAAGGUGUGCCCGGUGACGAAGCAGGCGCCGAUUGCGCGGAAGACUCCAAUGUUCCGCUGCCCCGUGGCGGCGACCGCGUCGUGUUGCGCGGAGUGCGCGGACGUGUCGGCCGCGCAAAUGAUGACGGGCGCAAACCUUUCCGCCGUGCUCACGGAAAUCAGCCCCUCACUCGGAACCCUCGUCGAGCCGAACGUUAAGGUGUGCGACUUGUUCGUCGGCCAACCGGAGUGCCCGUUUCUCGUUGAGGCGAUUGUGUGUGGUGCCAACUGCAACCCCGAUUCGGGCAACUACGUGAACAGCACCAAAAAUUCGCAAGGCACUUCAGUCAUGCUAAUCUGCCCGAAAUUCGCCGACCGCAUCUUCAGUGCCUGCAAGGGCAUCAAACUGGGCUCGUAUGUACUGAGCGACCUGAUAGCAGACGCACAGACGUUCAUUGAUACGGUUAUUGUGAACACUAUCAAGCUGGCUGGUGUGCCGAACCUCAACGUCACUGUCAGCAACAGCACCUCGUGCUUUGCAGAACCAGCCCUCGCCAGUACCAGCCCAUGCGAUGCUGCUGCUUCCAUUCCCCCCUCUUGUGCUUCUACUGGUGGCAGCACAACCAGCACGCCCCCCUCUGCACCUCCCCCACCUAAGGGUGGUGCUUAUUCGGCUGUGCGGAAUGUGGUUACUGCUGCUUGGAUUGGUCUAUUCGGUUUGGGUUUCUUGCUGUUCAACUUCGUGCCCAAUCUCACCAUCGGCCCUCCAGUAAUCGCUGCUCUUCGAAAACACACCGAUGCAUACCUGGACUGCCACCUCAUGGUCACGGACCCAUUCGCCUACGUGGAGCCAAUGAAGCAGGCUGGGGCUUCCUCCUUCACCUUCCACGUGGAAGCUGUGCCAGGCAGGGCGCAGCAGCUAGUGAGGGAGGUGCAUGCAGCGGGCAUGAGGGCGGGGGUGGCCAUCAAGCCCUCAACGCCUGUCGAAUCAGUCCUGCCCCUCUUGGAGGGGCAGGAGGCAGUGGAUGUGGUGCUGGUGAUGACAGUAGAGCCAGGGUUUGGAGGGCAGGCGUUUAUGCCUGACAUGAUGCCCAAGGUGCAGUUCCUGCGGUCACGAUUCCCAGACCUGGAUAUUGAGGUGGAUGGUGGGUUGGGUCCGUCGACGAUUGCUCAAGCAGCAGAAGCAGGGGCCAAUUGCAUUGUUGCUGGAAGCUCCGUGUUUGGCGCUUCCGACCCGGCUGCUGCGAUUGCCGUGCUCCGUGGUGCCGUGCUUAAAGCGCAACAAGCCUCGCAAUAA